AUGUCUUUCCCACCAGCACCGUCUCCUCCGACUGGCCUCUGUAUAUACCGCGUUCUUUCUUCUAGAGCAGGCAUACGAGUAUCUCCCAUCCAGCUCGGGGGUAUGAGCAUCGGGGAAAAGUGGGGGGCAGCAUUCGGUACCAUGAACAAGGAAUCCAGUUUCGAGCUGUUGGACGCUUAUUUCGACAUGGGCAGAAACUUUAUCGACUCCGCUAAUAACUACCAAGACGGUGAUUCUGAAAGAUUUAUAGGAGAAUGGGCCGAACAACGUGGUAUUCGUGAACAGCUCAUUAUUAUGACAAAGUACACAAUGAACUACCAUGGAGGCAAUGACCACAUCAAGCAAAAAGUCAACUUCGUCGGGAACAACGCCAAGUCUCUUCAGAAUAGCACCACUACGAGUCUGAAGCAGCUGCGCACGUCGUAUAUUGAUAUCCUCUAUCUCCACUGGUGGGACUGGGAUACAUCGCUUGAAGAGGUGAUGGAUAGUCUGCACAAUCUUGUUCUACAGGGCAAGGUUCUCUACCUAGUACGGAAUUCCGACACUCCAGCAUGGGUGGUCGCUCAAGCCAACCAGUACGUCCGGGAUCAUGGAAAGACGCCAUUUGUGAUCUACCAAGGCCACUGGAAUGUCAUGGACCGCUCCUUCGAGCGUGAGAUCAUACCAAUGGCUCGCUCUUUGGGUCUCGCACUUGCUCCGUGGGACGUCCUGUGUGGCGAGCGCCUUCGAACUGACGAAGAAGAGGAACGCCGAUGCACGACAGGUGAGAAGGGCCGAGAAAGUAUGGUGACGCAGAGGUGGGAGCGCAGCGAAGAAGAAAAGGCCAUGUGCAAUGCGCUGGAAGUAGUUACUCACGAAGUUAGCGCCAAGAGCAUCACUGCUGUGGCCAUUGCCUACGUGAUGCAAAAGGGGCCGUAUGUCUUCCCCACCAUCGGCGGCAGGAAGGUUGAGCACUUGAAGGCCAAUAUCGAGGCAUUGGACAUCACCCUCACGGAAGAAAACAUAGCAUUCUUGGAAAGUGCGCGCCCAUUCGAUCCCGGAUUCCCCAAUAAUAUGAUCGGGGAUGGAUCAAAAUACGACUUUUUCGGAUUUGUUAGUACCGCUCAAAUGGUGAAGCAGCCUGUUCGUCAGGCUAUCCGACCGGCAGAUGUCAAGCGUAGUUUGAAAGAUUGGAGGAUCUAA